CUGCUUGUGAUGUGGAGUGCAAGCGAGCGAGCGAGCGAGCGCACGAGCGUCCCGAAGGCUUCCUGCGAGAAUCGGAGAACACGCCAAACACACUGAAAAUCGGAUUUAGCUGAGCCAUAUUUUCCUCUCUCGGAAGAGCCGCCUGGAUUGAAAAUGUGGGAGCCUCCCGACGACGGACCGGAGGACUCGAGCGACGUGAAGGAAUUCUCUGAACGCGAACUCCUCGACAUCAUGUACGACGCGUGCGACAGCUCCGGCGCAGGAGAGGCGUCGGCGUCGUCCAUCUCGGAAUACCUGCGGAAGCUGUCGUCCCGGAGUCGGGAGCGGGGCCGCCUGACGUCUUUGCAGCGGCUGCUGGACCCCGACUGUCGGGACCCCGUUGUGAGCAGAGAGAUGUUCCACUCGGCCGUGACGCAGUGGAUCGCCCGGUGCGGCCAGGACCGCGCUGACGCGGACCGCGAUGGCGAUGCGUCCUACGCAGAUACUUCAGGAGGGCCUUUCGAUGCGGGUGCCCUUUCAGGUCUGGAAUUCUCAACUACUCUGACGAAUGCCGCGCCCGCCGACAGCCCAAAGUGCGCCUGCGCCUGCGACGGAAACGACCUGUCGGAGACGGUGUCGGAACUCAAGCGAGCCCACCGCAAGCUGCGCGAGCAGAACGGCGGCCUGCUGAGGACGGUGGACAAGUGUGAAGACGUCAACCUGCGGCUCACCCUGGAGAUCGCUGAGCUGAGAGCAAAGCUGGCGAGGUCAAACGUCUCAGCUACGGAGACACAAAGUGCUAUUGGUGCAGUGGAUGAUUUUCUUGUGAGAUUUGUGAGCGACCGGUUAGCGCGUCCGCCUCACAGUUCUGAGGACCCGGCUCGGAUCCCCGGCCGGCCCCGCCCGUGUGGAGUUUGCAUGUUCUCCCUGUCGUGCCUGCGUGGCUCCGCUUUCCUCCCACGUCCCAAAAACAUGCAUGCAUUGGAGACUCGAAAUUGCCCCGUCGGCGUGACUGUGAGUGCGAAUGGUUGUUUGUUUGUUUGUAUGUGCCCUGCGAUCGGCUGGCGACCGGUUCAGGGUGCGCCCCGCCUCCUGCCCGAUGACGGCCGGGAUGGGCGGAUGCAUGGAUUUGUGAUGCAGAUGGAUGUUCUUCUUUCUUUUGGCAUGAGUAGUUCCCAGCGGUCAGCGGUUCGAGUCCGAUCCAUAACGGAGGAACUGGAGGAGACCCGUCGGGCCUUUACAGAGGCCCAGGAACGAGCCGGUCGUACGCAAGCCAGCUGCACCAAGCUGAGCAAUGAGGUCGAAUGCCUGAAAGUUCACAUAAGGAGGCUCGAAGACAAGAAUGAAAAAGUCUCCUUCGAAAAGACGUGUUCGGAAGAGAACGUGAGCAAACUGCGCAAAGCCAACGGCGACUUGAGGGCUGAGCUUGAAGAAACUCUGCUCAUCUUGACUCUGAGAGAUCGAGAAAUGGCUAAGAAAGAGCUUCUGAUGGAUAAGAUGAAGAACGCUCACGUGGAGAAUCACAGCAUCCUCGAGGUUUGUUUCGCCGCCGCGAUCGGGAGCGACGCAUGGAUUCCAUUCAUUUCCCGUGGUGGCGUGUCGCAGGGCGUGCAGGCGGAGCUGACCAGGUUACAUCAACAUUCGCGGCAAGUCCUGCUGAGGUACGACAGACUCCGCAUCGGUCCUGAGACGCCGCACGCUCGGGAUCCUCCCAACUUCCGCUCUCUGCAAAGUGAGAUGCAAGACUUGCAGCAGGCGGACGAAAGGAGCCCCCCCGCUCUCCGUACGGACCGUGAAAACAUCCAGAGCAUCAUCCGCAGGAUCAAAUCUACAGAAAUAGCUCAUCUUUGGCGCGAUAGGCUCCCAGAGAGGGGCCCCUCUCCCGUGGAGCCCCAGGAGAAGCCCUUUCCUCAGCGCCAGCAGCGACAGGCCAGCAUCAAGCGGCAGCUUGUCAAUGUGCUGCAGGACCUCGAGCUACAGGAGAGCGCGAGGGAGGAAAAAGGGGAGAGGCCGGACGAACGGCGCAAAGCCCGGGAAGAGGAGCCAAAGCCGAACCGGAUCGGGACGCAGAUUCCGCAGUGCAAGAAAGUGGCCAUCGUCAAGUGGUGGAAAGCGCUGAGCGCCGACGGGGCGAAGGCCCGGACCGGCGAAAGCCGGACCUUCCGGGAGCUCGCCGAGAGAGCUCGGCUGCGUCGGGCCGAGCGGACCGUCGGCGAUACGAGGGAGCCGGUCUGCCGCCUGCAAACCUCUCACGAAUGUCAGCAGAAGGGUGCGCCCGAGCAGAAAAGCGGCGGAGUUGUUCUAGUACACAAGGAAACCAACACUGACGGAGCCGGCGGGCGACGCGUGGAGCAGCAGAGGGAUGCGGAACCCGGAGCAGCCUCACGCCACAAGCCAGUCCAACUCGGGGUGACUGCGGACCGAAUGCUGGCGGCCCUCAGAAGAACGCAGGCCACGGUCAACAGCGCCCUGCGGUCGGCACAACUCGUGAAGGAGAGCGAGGAGAGGGUGAGCCGGGUCGGGCUGCGGAUGGAGAGCGUCGCUCGGACGCUGGAGGCCGCUCUGGGACGCGCAGGCCGAGCUGACGUGCAGCUGGGCUUGCUCGAGGCCCGCAUCGUGGGAAAACCAAAUCAGACUUUUCCGAGGCCGUCGUGUCCCGAGCACUCGUCUGAGGAUAAAGACCAAACGGAGAGUCCUCCUCCGCCUCCUCCGGCUCCUCCGGCUCCUCCUCCGCCUCCGCCUCAUGUAAUCCCAGAAGUCAGCGAGUCUCCGCAGCUUCCCAUGAAUGGUGACGCAGAACGAGGCAGCUCCGGCAAGUCCAGCGCCGACUCCACUGCUGAGGGCAACUUUGUUUUCCCCCUCACCCGAUCCCGGCCCUGUCUGCUUCCCGCCAUGCCCACGCUGCCCGAGGAAGAGGAGGACUCCCCCGAGGAUCCGGACAGUUCUUCGAGCUCUCCCAGUACGUGCGCACCCGCUGAGAGCGGAGCUGCGGCCACGAUCAUCUACCCACAGCAGACCGACGUCGUCCGGCGAGACGGCCGUCCUCGAGAGCAAGCUCGGCCGCGCAGCCCCAGAGCUCGUCCGGCCAGAAACUCCUCCGCAGGAUCCAUCACCACAGUCGACAGCGCAGGUCACGUGAUCGACCUGGUGAAGGACAAGCUGCCGGAGAUGCGGAUCUCCGAGGAGGAUCGUCAGAAGAAUCUGCAGCUGCUGGAAGAAGCCAAGAAGGUCAGCGACCGCUUCCUGAUGCGCCGGGGCCGGCGUUCUACCAGCAGCUUUUCCGACUCUCCCGCAGUGGUGGAAGUUCCAGAAGUGACUUGCAGUCCGCACUCAAUCAGUCAGCAUCUGGACGCUGCCUCAGCGAGGGUGCAAAAGGAUGCGGAGGGCGGCAGACUAGCGGGGGAUUGGAAGACCACAGAGAAAAGGAAAGUGUCUUCUGGGACCCUAACGCCCCGUUUUGCCAUUCCCAAGGAGAACUGUGACCCCAAAAGUCCUCCGGGAGCCAAUAAAAGCGAGGACGGAGGACGGAAUUCCGGCCAGGCACCGGCCACAGGGGUCGCCAAGCCCGUUCCUCGACCCCCGACGCAACAGGCCCCCUGCACAGCUGAAAUAAAGACCAUCGGUGCCUUUCCACCGCUGAUGAGGGCCGUUUCCUGGGAUGCCGUCAGGGGCAUUAACUCCAGAAAUGGAACAGACGAGACGAGCUCGGACAAAGGCGCUUUGAAAGCCGCGGGGCUCAAGGAGCUCAAGGAGCUCCCGGCGCCCAAACUGUCCAAAUUCAGAGAGGAACACAAGCUGAUGCGUAACCAAAGCGUCGUCGGCUCCAAGUUGCCGGACCUGAGCGAAGCUGCCGAACAGGAAAAAGGACCUGCUUGCGCCUCAAGCGAGGAGAGCAAGCCGGACGCCAUGCCAAACAUCUCUGACGUCAUGCUGAGAAAACUCAAACUUCACCGCGGCCUACCUGGCUGCGCACCUCCGCUCACUGAAAAAGAAGUUGAGAAUGCAUUUGUCCAGCUGUCGCUGGCCUUCCGUAACGACAACUACACACUGGAUACCCGCCUCAAACAGGCAGAGAGGGAGAGGAACCUGACUGAGGAAGAUACGCAGAAAGAACUCGAAGAAUUCAAAGGCGCACUUAAGAUGAGUGCCCCACAGUGGCAGAACCUGGAGCAGCGCGAGGCCUACCAGCGGCUCAUAGAGACGCUGGCGGUGCUGCAUCGGCUGGCCGCUCGCCUCUCGAGCAGAUCCGAGAUCGUCGGAGCCGUUCGCCAGGAGAAACGCAUGAGCAAGGCUACAGAGGUCAUGAUGCAAUACGUGGAAAAUCUCAAGCGGACCUAUGAGAAAGACCACGCCGAGCUGACCGAGUUCAAAAAGCUGGCCAACCAGAACUCCAAUCGCUGCUAUGGAAGCUCCGUAGAAACUGGAGAUGAUGGAGUCUCUCGGGCUUCAAGAUCCAUGUCGCUCACUCUCGGCAAGGCGCUGCCCAGACGUAGGGUGAGCGUUGCCGUGGUGCCCAAGUUUAACCUGCUGAACAUCCCGGGUCAGACGCCACCCGCCGCCGCCCCCAAUGCGCCAUCAGCUUCCGCGCCCGGUGCUGCUCUCCCGGCCUUGAGUGAAGCAAGCGAUGUGAAAGGAAACUCCUCGCCAGAAUCGACACAACAGGCGACAACAGAGCGUGGAAAGAGCGUGCCGGAGCAGGAAGGCCAGUCGGCCAAGCCCGCCGUCGACCUGGAGGAGAUCAGAGCGGAAAUCAGGGCAGAGCUCAAGGCAAAGAUUGAGGAAGAGGCGUACAAUAAAGGCUACCAAGAAGGACUGAAGCAAAACAAAGCCAUCCGGGAGGAAAAGCGCGAAGAGGAGGAGGAAGCUGCAGACAAGUUGCCGCAAUCCAAGAUACGGGAUGAGGAAAGUGGAAAGAAGAUCAAAACAAGCCGGAGGAUGGAGGAGCUCCUGGUUCUGCUUAGCCGCAUUUGCCCCAAGGUUUUGUGGCGCAAGCAGCUCCUCUGGGUCGCGCUGGUGGUUUUUCUGGUGAUGUGUCUGGUUAUCAGUGUUUUCACAUUCUUCACCGGCUACUACAACAAGCGUGACGACACAUAAGGACGCAAGCGCUUUCUUUCUCCGGGGCGCAAACCGCCACGUUUGAACCAAGGAAGCGCUCGACAGUCUGUCGCGGUCAAUUGACUGCACAGCGGUGGAACUCUGCUGAAGGCGGUUAACGAGGAUCUUGCGUAUGACGUUUGCUGCGCUUACUACUCGUUCACCAACUGCAAUUGUGGCACAUGCGAAUAUGGUCAACAUGCCACUUUUGAUAUAACGUUACCUAACAUGAUAUAGAGCAUACUGUACGGUUUUUGAUUCGUCUUUUCGUCAAAUACAAUGGAAACCUGUAAGUCGCAGGUGCCCAACCCAAGGCCGGAGGGCCAGAUCCAGCCCCUCACACCAUUUUCUGUAGCCCUGUAGGCGAAAGCAAAGCCUAUAGUGUACGUCUGGCUCGUGUUUUCUUGCUGACAUCUGUCCCUGAACCGAGCCGCUGAGGACGACGGGAGUGGGCGAACUCCACGUUUGAAGAAAUUGUGUUUGCCCCAAAUUUCUGCAUUUUGCCAAACACAGCCUCGCCUCGAGAUUUGAGUUUCAUUCGUUCCGUGACCACAUUCGUAACUCAAAUCGCCUUUCCCCAUUCAAAUGAAUGGAAAUGCCAUCAAUUGGUUCCAGCCUUCCCAACUUACAUACAGUACCUACAUUCAGACAUAAUUAAAUAGAAUGUAAAUAAUGAAACCAUUUUUGUCACACUUUUUGCUUCAACGUUGAUUAUGCUACUCUUUCUAGCGUGUGCGCUUUGGCCACAUGGGGGCAGUAUAUACAGACAUAAGCAUGUACACGUCAGUAAUGUUAGUCUCCAAGACUGCGUGCCAAUGAGUAUUGUUAUAUUAUCUGUCGACAUACGUUGCUCCACCGUUUGAUUGUAGCCUUUUUUUUUUUUUUGGGUGUGGUUACACGGUCAAAAUGGCGCCAUCUGAGGGGAAAAAAAUUCAAUAAUAACUACAACGCAAAUGAAUUUGCAUCCAAGUUGAAGACCGCAAAAGUGGCCCCAUUUGGAGUUGAAUCCCAACUUCUUUCACAACUUGGAUGUGAGUCCCUCAUCGUGUGUGAUGUCACACAAGACCAAGCAAAUGCUAACACAAGCCAAAUAUGUUGACGUCACAACACUUAACCUGAAUUCCUUCCCGCAAUAGCUAUGAAACAUUCCUAGUUGACAGCAGCCCUUUGCAAACCCCUUCGUGUUUCCUCCCCAUUAUGUGAGUGCCAGGCCAAUUCAAAGGGUGAGUACUUUGACAACGACUUGGUUUUAGCAUACAGUGGUUCACUUCUGACUUACAUUUGUCUGACAGUUGGAAAUGUUAGAUGCUACUUCCAACAUCGCCUGUACAGUGAUGCCUUGAGAUACGAGUCUAAUUCAGUCUGUCACCACUCUCCUUACUAAAAUGAUUUUUCCCCAUUUUAAUGAAGGGGAAAAAAACAACAACAAAAAUACUUGUUUUUCAAAUGAUGAAAAUGCCACUCAAUAAUAUUGUAUUUUACUAAAAAAAAAAAAAACAACUUAGUAAUAACAGCAUUGAAUGAAACAGUUCGUGCAUCAUGAUUAAUUCAUUGCAGCUUCUUCUGGCGUGUGCGACUCGCAUUAUAAUACAGUCAUGCAGACACAAAUGAAGAAGAGUUUCACAAGUACUAUAAGUGACUCAGUUAACUGCUGCUAUAGUAUUUGUCAUUUCUUCGUGGAAGAUAAGGAAUAUAUGCCUGUGAGUAUUGUUAUAUUGUCUCUCUACAUGGGUGGCUGCAGCGUUUGUGUUCGAACAUUGGUGGUGGAAAGGGUUUUAACACAGCAACUAUCGAUACUAUUGGUUUGCCCCUCUAUGGCGUUUUAGCAUUACGCUAAGCGGACUUCCCUAAGGAAAAGCGAUGCGGUUGUUUGAAAUUCAUGAAGUGCAAUUUUCUUUGUUUUAUGUUUCGUUGGGAGUGGCAGUAAACAGCUCGAAUCGUUUAGCUCUCUGCCAAACUGCUUCUUGUUGUCGCGGAGCGCAGCUGAGUUGAUUGCCGCCGUACAAUUUGGCUCACUCGCAUCUCAAGGCACCGCCGCACGGUGAACAACGGCUUGUUUGAAGGUGAUCGACUGCGAGAGUGCGACAAAUGAUCUCACUUUCUAUUAUUUCCUGUGGUAGAAACGCUUUGCAAUCAGAGUCAGUCGGUCCGGAAAGGGAUUCCGUUUGACUUUGCAGUUUCUGGAGUGCCAUUGCGAUCUUCUUUACACGUGUGUUUACUUGCGGUGUCAAAAUUUGCCACUAUCACCUUGAAAUAAAGGUUUGUGAAUUCAAUCAA